GCAGCAAGCCCAAUAGGCCGCUGUUGGCGCGCACGUCGAUGCCCUUGCGCAAGCAUCCGACGCACCGAGUCGGGCCUGAGCGACGGGAAGAUCGGCAUGCACGGCUCGACUUGAAGAUUGCAGCGUUCUUCGUCGCCAACACUUCAAUGGCGUGCUUCACCUUUGGCUGCUCGAGACGCUCGCGCUCGACCGGGCGGUAGACAACGCCCUCUUCGCACGCUUCUAAGACCGAUGGGCAGACGACAAAGCCGCUCGCUUCGCCCACUGCCUGUCGAAACGGCACACUCGGACCCUCUGUUGCCCCGCCUAGACGCUGACUCAGCCCCUCCGCGACGUUUGCGAGCUGCUGGCAACGAGCGCGCAGUCUUCGAUGGUCGGCGAGCCAUGGCUCGCCCCGAUUCUUCCGUCGGCCGCGUCCUCACCCUGUCUCGCCCGCGCGGCAGGAGCAUAUCAGCGCAUCAAGCCCUGUGGGCUGUGCGCUCUCUGAGCUUGCUGGAGCUGUGCCGUCGAGCUCGAGAGUCUCCGUUGGCGGCCGAGAUUCUUGCGGCUCACUCUGCCAUGCCUGCUCGUGCCCGUGGAGGGAAUAGAACACCACGUCCCCUCCCGUCGGAACUCUCGAGUAGCUCGAGCGCUCGACAAAAAGAAGCAGACACCAGUCCUCAGCCUCUGGCCAUGUCCGGACCCUUGCUUGAGGCUUUUCGCGUGGCCCAGCAAGGGGGAAGAGAGAGGCACGGCAUCCUCUCUCUGCUGCUGGUGCAAGGCCGAGCCGCUGCGUCGGAGACCCUCUCAGCUUCACCGCUGCGCAGGUCCGCCUCGGCCUCGGACUCUGGAAGGCGGCCGACGUGUUCCAGGGCACGCGUUGAAAGCAUAGCUGCCGGCUGCCAUGCUCGGUAGCGUCGUACCUGACAUUUGAGCUGCCGACAGCGAGCGCGUGGAGCGUCGAGAGCUCCGUUCAGAGUCGGCAGCCCGCAGGGUUGCAUGAAGGCUGGGCCGUGCAGCCAACGUGGCAGCGCAGCCGCUCAGAGAGCAGAGCCAUGUAAAAGUCGUCGGAGCGCGCCCCUGCCAGGCGAGUCGGAUGCGCUAUGCUUCGCGCGCGUCCCUGCGAGAGAAGAGUGGCAUGAGUCGAGCGGGGCCCC